AUGUCGUCGAAACUUUGUAAGCUUUUUGUUGGCGGUCUGAACGUUCAGACUGACAAUAAAGGCCUGCGGGAGUACUUCCAGCAGUAUGGGAACCUUACGGACUGUGUUGUGGUUAUGAACCAGAAUCUAGGCCGUUCCCGGUGCUUCGGCUUUAUAACCUACUCUACGCCGGAGGAGGCCGACGCAGCAAUGGCGGUGAAGCCACAUGUCGUCGAUGGAAACACCGUUGAGCUGAAGAGGGCCAUUGCACGGGAGGACACAAACAACCCUGAUAUUCACGCUAACGUCAAGAAAAUCUUCGUCGGUGGCCUCAAAGACCAUAUUGAGUGUGAACAUUUGACCCAGUACUUCUCACAGUUCGGCACGGUUGAGAAGGCCGAGAUCAUCUCUGACAAGCAAACCGGUAAGAAGCGAGGUUUCGGCUUUGUUUACUUCUGCGACUGCGAUUCCGCCACAAAAGCUGCAAUCCCCAAGUACCAUGAUAUUGAAGGUCAUAAAGUGGAAGCGAAGAAGGCCCAGACCAAGCAAGAGUUGGCCACCAAGACAAGAAGGGGAAGAGGGAUGCAGAACUAUGGCGGCGGCAGAGGGGGUGGUGGCUACGGCGGCUACGGCCCAGGCUAUGGCGGUGGAUACGGUGACGGCUACGGUUACGGCGGAGGAUACGGAGGGGCCGGCGGCUACGAUGGAUACGGUGGUUACGGUGAAUACGAUAAUCAUAUGGGAGGUGGAUACAGUAACGGGGACUUUGGGGAUGGCUAUGGACAGCAGGCCUCCGGCUAUGGUCCCAUGAAAGGGGGCAAUUAUUCCUACAGGAGUGCAACUCCGUACAACAGAGGUGGCGGCCCUGUUGGGGGUUAUGGAAGGGGGGCUGGGUUUGGUGGCGGUUAUUAAAAAUGAUUUUGUUUUGUGUUUUGGGGGGGAUUCAUUAGACGAUGAACUGAAAUCACACACAUCAGGUGGGAAGAUGGGGGUCUUUCCUUCUACAGACGGGAGGCCAUCACCCACACUGAAUGAAUGACUGUCCUCUGAAUCCUUGGAGCCCCCACCUGGACACAUCUGUCCUCCUAUUCCACACAUUAUGGACUUUAUUACUAAGAAUUGUGUAUUAUUAUGUCCUAUUUUGUGUUGUGUUGGGGAAAGACUUACUUUGAAACUAUUUGUAAAGCCGUAAAUCAGUCAGUCACUGCUUCUCAACUUAGCACUGGGUUUGUUGAGCCACAAACCAGCUUGAUCUGUUAAAUGUUGCAUCAUAAACUCAGGGUUUUUAAGUAAAGUUGGUGGCAGUGUCUGGCAUUGUGGGACAUGAUUGUGUUAAUUUGAAAACUUUGUGAAUUCUUCACUCAUGUAAAUUUAUUUUGUCUCUUUACCGUCCCAUUGCAGACUAUUGUUUAGAUUGUUUAUACAACAUGUUCUGUUCACAUUCUGUUUUAUUCUGCUUUUAUUAAAGUUUUUAAUGUUUUCAAUUGAA